UAAGGUGCCAGUUUGAUGGUCGUAUUAGAUACAUUACUAACGUUGAAAACUGCGCAUGAUCGAGUUAGAGUUCUUCCUGACGUCACUGAUUGGCAAAAGUUAAAUUUCGGAAGCAGUGAUCUAUGCGUUCAACUAAUUGGUAUUCGAUAAAAUGUCUCAAGCUUAUAUUCAUGCAUGCGAAAGAGCAGAAUUGCUAGGAUUGCCAAUACCUACCGAAGAAGAAUGGAAAGAGACAGAAUGUGCAGAGGGUGAAAUUCGCCUUGACGAGGACGAUGAUGAACUCAUUCAGAAUUUGGAUAGCUCAGAUGAAGCUUCGCAACGAAUCAGUGGUGGAUUAGAUGAAUUAAAUAGUAUCCUUAAUGCAACACAGAAAAAAAUUAACAGAUUUAAGACUGUAUGUGGUAGUCUGGGUACUCUACUAAAAGUAAAGGUGGGAUCUCGAACGGAUAUCUCGUCUGAUGAAAAAAUCACUGAACGAAAUCACAACGAAACAACAAAUAUUCAUGAUGAAGCAACUACUAGUGAAAAAGAGUCGACAGAAGAAUUAUUGGAUGACAGAAAAACCUUGGAUAAUGUAAAACCUGUUCCAUCGACGCCAAAAAAGGUAGACAUUAAUGAAAAGAUGGGAUCUCAUUUGGAUAAAUUAGAUUCACUUAUUACGAAAGCAGAAAAUGCUCAAUACUCUAUGCAACAUCAGGCAAAGCAAAUGAAAAAAAUCCUAAAGUAAUUUAUUCUAACAUUAUUAGACUAUUUCAACCAAAGUUAAAAUGCUACCUUUGAUGUGAUGCUAGUCAUGAAUGCUUGGUAUUAUAAAAUUCCAAUUGUGUUUACUUAGUAUGCAAACAUAUUAUACUAAAAUAUUUCUUAAACACAGGUAUGAGAAUCUUUAAUGAAAGUUUUAUAUUUUAAAAAGCUAAAUGUUUCAUUUGCUUGAUUGCUCGUUAUAUUUUGAUUGUAUAUCACUAUGUUGUGUAUAGUAUACACAGUCUUAAAGAAUAACACAAUAGUUUUUUUGAAAUCUUAAAAUAUAACUAUAAUCUUGAAAAAUUUAUAUAUAAGCAAGAGACACAAUAAUAAUAAAUGUACUACCACGCGAUUAAUAACA